UGACAGGAAACGACUGUCGCCGCUCUUGUCACGGCGCUGAAUGUUUUAUUUGAGCAGCUGCAGAUGUUUUUAACGCAUCUUAGAAAAACCAUCCAUCUCCCUCCUUAACCACCUGGCCUUUCCACGGAGCUUAAAUUAGUCGGAGAGGUAAAAAGUUAUUAUAGAAGACAGACUAUUCUUACCGAGAGGAAAUCUAUAUUUUUGGAGCUAGAGAUGACUUCUGGAGGUUUGGGGCUCACCGAGAGCCUGGCUCAAGAUAUAAGUCAGGAGGAGUUGGACUUUUCCGACCUGUUUCUGUAUAAUCCACCUGGAGAAGAUUUCCUUGUUGGCUGUGACAAAGAUGAUCCAGGUGCUCUCCUUCAGAAUGACAAUCCACCUCCUCUGCUGGUGGUCGACCAUCAGUCCGUGUACGUCUCCACCUCCAACCAGCCGGUGUCCAGCCAGAACCCCCCCUCCCACGGCCCCACCACAGAAAACCUGACAGAGGUCGUGUUUGGCUCCUUGGGGCUGCCUUCAAAAACAGGGAACAUACCUGCUUCCAGCCCCAGGAUUGAGAUCACUCCGUCAGGCGACUCUCUCAGCUCGCAGACCCUUGACCCUGGCCUUGGCUCCAAAGCCCUGGGAACCCAUAGAGAGUGUGUGAGCCCUGCCAGCAGUAACUCCUCCACAGGAUGGGCAGCAGAGUCCUACUCUCCUGGGGCAUCUCCAUGUGUCUCUCCUUCCAACGUAGGUGGCUGUAGCAUGGGGUUGUCCGCCUUAGACCUCUGCCUGGGCCUCCAGGGCAUCCACACCUCUUCUGCCCACUCUUCUCCAGGAGCCUCGCCUCGCAACAGCGUCACAGAUGAGACCUAUCUCCUGCCAAAACACCAACAUCCCACUGCGCCGACCCAUCAGCGUUCCCGUUCUGCCUCGCCGCAUGGAAAGCGCACCUAUGACCCAGUCCACUCCUGUCAGGGGGGCACCCCUGUCAAGCAGCGGUCCCGGAGCCCCAGCCCCAUCCCCUCGCCCCACGAGCAGCAGGGAUCCCACUACCUCCACCAAUACCAGGCCCUGGCUGAGUUUCAGACGCAAGUUCAGACUUCCACCACGGGCCUGGAGGAGGAUUGGACUCUCAGCUCCGGUCUCUCCAGAGCGAUGGCCCCUGCAGUGAUGCGAAGUGCACAUGGGCAGACCCAGAGACAGGACUGUGUGUAUAGAGAGGAAUGUGAGUGGGUCAUCGAGCAGGAGAGGAGGGUUGGGGUCGAGGUUAACACCGACACCCUCUGUAUGGUCCCAGUCGUGUGGCCACCUUCUUAUCCAGUCCAACACGGAGCAUACAGUGGCCUCUCCAUGGCCCCACUUCCCUCUUUAGAGUGGUCGUUGCCCAGUCAGUCCGGUCAGUAUGAACUACUGAUCCAGCAACAGCCCAGAUCUCACCACAGAGCUCAUUACGAGACGGAGGGCAGCCGUGGAGCUGUAAAGACACCCAAAGGAGGGCAUCCGGAAGUUCAGCUCCAUGGCUAUCAAGGCACAGCUCCACUGGGGCUGCAGGUCUUCAUAGGGACGGCAGACGAGAGGCUCCUGAAACCCCACGCUUUCUACCAAGUCCACCGCAUCACCGGGAAGACCGUCACCACGCCCAGUAUGGAGAGGAUGAUCAACGGGACCAAAGUGUUGGAGAUCCCUCUGGAGCCAAAGAACCACAUGAGAGUGGUGAUUGACUGUGUAGGGAUCCUGAAGCUGAGAAACGCAGACAUCGAACUGAGGAACGGUGAGACGGACAUCGGACGAAAAAACACACGUGUGCGUCUGGUCUUUCGUAUCCACAUUCCUCAACCUGGAGGCCAGCUCGUGUCUCUUCAAGUUGCCUCUGAUCCUAUUGAAUGCUCCCAGCGUUCAGCUCAGGAGCUCCCUGCAGUCGAGAGGCAGGACCUGGACCGAUGCUCAGUUCUUGGUGGUCAACAAAUGGUCCUUACUGGACAAAAUUUUACACCAGACUCCAAGGUGAUAUUCUCUGAGAAGACACAAGAAGGGCAGCAGAUCUGGGAGGUGGAAGCCACUGUGGACAGGGACAAAACACAAGCUAACAUGCUGUUUGUUGAGGUCCCUCCGUAUCGAGACCGGACCAUCUGCCACCCAGCCAAAGUCAACUUCUACGUCAUCAAUGGGAAGAAGAAACGUAGUCAGCCUCAGCACUUCAUCUACACUCCUGUGAUAGCCAUUAAAGCAGAGCCACUGGAUGACUAUCAGACGAAGUCAUAUGGCUACCCAGAUAAUCAUUCAUUGUCUGGCCUGUCAAUGAAGUCACUCUACCAUCACCUAGAGCAGGACAACAACCCUCAAGCCUUGAAUGUUUCUUCAACACUGUACCACCUAACUACUGUAGACCCCAGAGCCUGCAUGUUAACACCUGAUCCAUUGGAUGACCAAUCAGUCUAUUACCAGUCCAGAGCCAACACUCUGAUCAACAGUCCUAUGCUGUACCACACUGCAAACCAACGUUACAGCAGCUGUGGUACCACCAUCCUUGGUGGUUCCCCAAUGGCUUCCCACCCUGCCUCCACUCCCAUUGUCAGUGCCAGAACGCCUGUGGGCAAAGUGAGCGAAGGGCCUCAGGUUGGUGAUUCAUUCGAAGCCUGUUUGAUGUCAAGACAUCAGAAUUUUAUGCAGACAACCCUGCCGCUGGGGAAGUCACCACCUUCAAGAUACAUCCAAGGUCAACCUCAAGUGAAGACUGGAUGCAGAGCAGAGCCAGGUAGAGGAAACCAUGAGGACCGGGCUCCAGAACGGGUCACAGUCAAACAAGAGAACCUCAGCUACGCCUACCUGGAGGAUGUGAACGACAUCAUAAAAAGGGACCUGAAAGGUCACAAUGGAGAGUGAACUUGGAUGCCUGCAGCAGCCCUGAUGUCCAUCACAAUCAAAGUUUAAGCUGUAAAUGUAAUCUACAGACUUCAGGUACUAUAAAUAUAGAAUCCUGAUUGUCUCGGAGGAAGCAUGUACUUGUAAGACUUGUGAUAGAAACAUUUGACCGGACUGGUGGCAGACAUUUGAGGCAAAUAAUAGAAACUAAUCCAAAAGAGGCCUAUGUUGACUUAAUUUCAAGAUUACAUCAUGUUUCUGUGAAACUAAGAAGGGUGAUGGUUCAUUGUCUAAACCCAGUCCUCAGCUACAAGAUACUUUGUUCCUUCAAUAUUGUUAUACAGUUCAGCCUUAGCAAAGAUAGUAGAACAUGUGUCAUACCUUAUACUAUGUGUUUGUAUUGUGUCUUUAUUUUUACCUUGACUUGUCUCUGUUCAUAUAUUUGUACAAUUGCGCAUUGUAAGCAUGUAUAAAAUAGUUUAUAAUAAAUAUAAUCUGUUUAUA